AUGCCAGAGGGUGAAUCCCUGAGAAAACAAUGGUCCUUAUAUGUUAUAGAUGUUGCUGACACUGAAGUGAUACCUUUUCCAUUUCUCUCUAGGUGCAGUGAACCUGUGGGCCAACCACACUCCUGGCAUUCAACCAAAUCUAGGGAAGACCAGUCUGAUGCCAGCAUGAUGCAAAUAUCUCAGAGCACGAUUGGUACUCCUUGGCACCAAAAUUAUCAUUCCAGUUCCUCUACAAGUGAUGUCUCUAACUAUAGCCAUGCUUAUCCAAGAAGGAGCCCUGAUCAGUACAGCUCACAGGGAAGUAUGGAGAGUUUGGACCACAGUGGUAGCUACCCCCCAUGCCACCUCCUCUCCCCUGCCAAGUCCACCAGUAGCAUUGAUCAGCUUACCCACCUCCACAACAAGAGAGACUCUGCUUAUAGUUCCUUCUCCACCAGUUCCAGCAUCCUUGAGUAUCCCCCCACUAGCUUCUCAUCCCAGGAAUGUUCUGACACUGUGGCCACCACACCUGCCCAAGGCAGCUUACUGGGAGGGAUGAGACAGGCUGACAUCCGCUAUGUCAAGACAGUCUAUGAUAGCAAGAGAUGUAUCUCUGCAGAGUAUGAGGUGAACUCUUCAGCCUUGCUUCCCCCCAGUGGAGAGUCCAAGGAAUCAGUGGGUGAUCAGGACUAUGACAGGUGGCAUAAUCAUCCCAGAGGUGGUAGGGUGCCACUACUCUCCUGGAACCAACAGUGCUCCAGUUCUCAUGAAACAGAUUCCAACAACCUUCCCCACAAAGUAGGUGCUCCCAUGCCCCCAACUCGGAGUGGAAGUUAUACAAUUCUCAGGCAUUAUGAGAGGCCCAACUCCUGGUCUAGCUUUGAGAACAACAGGUAUGGCCGACCCCAAUCAAGCUUCCCAGGAGCCCUAAAGACUUCAUUUCCAGAAGAACAUUUACACACUCUGCUAGAGAAGAGUCCAGAGAAUAGCCCUCCAGUGAAGCCCAAGCAAAGUUAUACCCAAACAACCCAACCAGGUCAGCCAAUGCUCCCUACCAGCGUCUACCCUGUACCCUCACCUGAACCACACUUUGCCCAGAUGCCCCAGCCUUCUGUGAACAGCAAUGGGAUGCUCUAUCCAGCACUCAUUAAGGAACAUGGUUAUACUGCCUCACUGAGCACUUCUGACAAGAUGGCUACUCUUGAAAAUGGCAAUCAAAAUGGUCCCAGUAAGAAUGCAGUUAUCUUCUACCAGGCCCCAGAUUAUAAUUCCCCACCCCUGGUAGAGAAUGCAGAAGCCCUAGGUAAGUUUUCCUCAUAUAAACCCCAUUUCAUAUCAGACUCUGAGAACCUCAGGGGCACCUCCCUGAGGAAAGAUGAGCCAAGGAUUUCUGAAGGUGACUAUAUGCUCCCCAGUGGGAAAGAAGGCAUGCAUGACAGUAUACAGUUCUCCAACAAUCACAUCCCUCAGGCUCUCAAAAUAAAUGAAAGUAAGCCACUUUCUAGACCCUCGGAGCCCAAAAGGACUGAAUUCCAGGAGUCUCCAAAUGUCAGACUUCAAACAAGACCAGAAAGAGAAGACCUCACUGAAGACUCAUGGAAUACCUCUGGCAAAACUAGUUCAAGCUUUUUAUCUCUACAGCCUAUUUCUCCAAGUACCAGUAGGCAAGAUAGUCAGGAGAUACAAGUGGGGCCUCAGGAAGGAAGUCCUGACAAUAGAACAGCCUGUCUGAUCAAUAUGAGUAAAAUGGAACAAGAACCCAAAAAGACAGUUCUUGAGCGAAGGGACCGGCAAACUUCCCGUGGAAGGCCUGAGGGAGGAACUAAAGGGCCAUCCUCUUUCCAUAAUUCUGAACCAAGAUUUGAGGUCCACAGGCAGACGUCUAACCUGACCCAGAGGCAGUUUAGUUCAGGUAAUGCCCUCCAGAUCUCUCAUUAUGGGAAACCCCACUUCUCUGUGUUGGAGAAAGUCAGUAAGUUUGAGCAACGUGAACAAGGGAACUGGAGACCCUCAAGUGUGAGCAGCUGCAUCUACAAGACCAACAAGUUGGAACAUCCACCCAGCAGAGGGAGCUCCGUGAUAAGCCUUGAAGACCCCCAGGGUGAAACAAGUUUUAGGGAACCAAGUCCAUCCAUUGGUUCCAUGAGUGUUGGGGAGAACCUUGUCAAAGAUAGUAAGAAAAAGCCUGAGGGGGUGUCUUGGUAUCAACCUGAGCAUCAGCUGAGGAGGGCUGGAGAAGGCGGACAUGGACUCACACACUCAGAAUCUAAGUCCCUCAAAAGUGCCCCUCUCAUGCAACGCAGCCAGAGUACUUUCCACCUUUCCAACAAGGCUGAGGAAGAAACCCUGUGGAGAGAGGACAGGCCCAGCAGUCCUGAGUCACCGCUAUUCGAGGUACCCUUAAACCAGGCCUAUCGGAACAGUAUCAAGGAUGCUCAGUCCCGGGUCCUAGGAGCCACUUCAUUCCGACGCCGGGAUCUUGAUCUGGGUCCUUCUGUGGCAUCCCAGGCAAGGCAAAAGGCAAGGCAAAGGCCAGCCUCUGCCCACUUGGGGCUGAGGAGCCCAGAAACAUCAAUAUCUGCUUCCCCUCAUAUCCCCAAGGAACGGCAUAACAUCACUCCGACUGAGGGGAGCCCACCCAGAGAAGGCCCAGCAGCCCUAGUGGCCCGGGUUGGAGGCCGAAAACGAUGGACAACUGACCAAAAGAAGCGUUCCUAUUCAGAGCCAGAGAAGAUGAAUGAAGUGGGGGUGUCUGGGGCAGGAGAGUCGUCUGCCUGCUAUCCCCAGAGGAAGGAUGUACCCUUUGGCUUCCCAGAAAACACUGUGGCAAACAGGCGCCGCAUCUUUGAGAGGGAGGGAAAAGCUUGCUCCACCCUUAACCUGUCCAAGCCUGAGCUGAAGCAAUUUCAGCAGACUGCCCUGGCUGACUACAUUCAACGCAAAACUGGGAAGAGGCCAUCCUCGGCAGCUGGCCAUGGACCAGAGAGCCACAGCCUCACUGCAGCCUCAAGCAUGAAUUCCUUGCAGGAGCAAAGCCCAGUCCCCAGGAGAGGGUCUGCCACACUGUCCACGGAGCUGGUAGGAAACCUGGAGAGAAACAGCUUUGAGGCACAGGUUGGGCCACGAGAUCGAAGCAGUUCCUCUGCCUCCAGCCAUCUCCGAGCUGAACGUCACUGGCAUGCCAGGAUGGAGCCAGCACGGGCAGUUUGGCUUGGAGAGGCCAGUGGCCAGCCCAGUCAUCCACAGAAAGUGACCUGGGCCUCUGAAAAGCCAUUUGCCCUAGGAACUGCAACCAGGGGGGCUUCAAAAUCCAUGUCAGCCGAAGAUCUCCUAGACCGAUCAGAUGUUCUGACUGUCCCUGUCCAUUCAAGGUCCAGGUCAUCCCCCAUCUCAGAUAAAAAGUGUCAGGAUAUACUUCUGAGAGGAAACAGUGACUACAGCCUUCUGGGAAAGGCUCCUUCCAGUUUUGUUGGUCCUGGAUUCAGGCAGUUCAGUCAUUCAGAAAGAAGUCAUGAAGAGAAGUCAUCACUUCCACAUUAUCCUGGGCCUCACCUGGGGCCCUACACAGUACCAAAUGGCUCCUCUGUUCCCAUGGAAUGUUUAAAGAUCCUAGACCCUCAAAGGCCUACCAGCAGAUCUUCAGCCUUUGGGCCACCAGCAGCAGCAAAACAAGGUCCUUUUGUAUCAGCGCAGACCUCUGGGACCAACUCCACUUAUUCUCCCAAGUCUUACCUGCAUGCUGAAAGAGAUGUCCUUGCUGGGAGGCAGCCUUCUCCAGCACAACCCCAGAAUCCAAGAAACCUUGAAGAAAAUUCUGUUGAGAAUUUAGCUGAAAAUGAGAUAAAGAAAAAUAAGGGCCCUCUACCUCAGAGGCCUCCUCCCCCCCGAGUGAAAUGGUCUCAGUCACUCAGAGAGGACAACUUGCCUGAGCCUUCUUUAUCUUUUGGGGUGCCAAGUCUGAAACACUAUCCAAAGCAUCAGAGUCUCCCUGGACUCCUUACCGUGAUGGGAAAGGGCUCCCUCCAAAUAUCUGAGUCUGCCUUUCAGGCCAUCCCACUCCCUCAGGAAGAUGAUGAUGAAGUGUUUGUGCAGGAAUCAAGACCCAGACCCACUCCCAACCCCACUUUCAAAACUCUGCCCCUAUUACCUCCACCACCACCACCCCCUUCACCUCCUCCACUGGACCUGAAGACACAGGAUGGCAACUUGGAAGAUUUUCCUCCGCCCCCUCCCCCAAUUACAUAUGAAGCACUGGGGACCCUGAGCAAUGAGACUUAUGAAGAGACCUGUCCCAGCAAUUCCAUCAAACUGUCCAAGAUGAUGCUUGCAGCUUCUCAAAAGGCUUCAGCUCCCAGAACCGGCUCUUUCAUCAAGUCUCUAGGAGCUAAGCAGACAAACUUAUUAUCCCCUUUGGCUACUCAGAACCAGCCAACUGGAAUUCUUGGAGAGCAGUCUAGCCCAGAGCAAAUGCUUCCCACCCAGUUCCCAAAACUUACCCAGAAGCCAACUAACCUGACUCAGGAACUAACAAAGGGCAGCCCUGCCCCUGAGAAGACUCUAGAGGACAUCAGCACAGAGACUCUAGCCAAGCAGAUUGUUCACCAAGACAAAUCCCUGGCAGAUAUUUUGGAUCCAGAUUCUAAAAUGAAGACUACUAUGGACCUUAUGGAAGGCUUGUUUCCACAGGGUCCGUGCUUCCUGAAGGAAAAUAAUAUAAGGAAGAAGACAAUACAGAGAAUUGCCAGUUUCCCAGUAUCUGAAGGGAAGAGGAGCACAGAGAAGGAAAGAGUGGGAAUGUUGAUCAAUUGUCCUGCCUACUAUAAUGUAUCUGCACCCAAAGCAGAGCUGCUGAACAAGCUCAAGUCCAUGCCUACAGAGGGUGACGAGGAUGAGGAUCAGCUGGAUGUCAAUGAAAAGAAGGCCAAACUCAUCAGAAGCCUGAGGCAUAAACUGGAGUCCCUGAAGGAAGCAAAAGAAAGUUUGCUGAUGGAUAUAAAGCUCAACAAUGCCCUGGGAGAAGAGGUAGAAGCUCUGGUCUGCAAACUCUGCAAGCCUAAUGAACUAGACAAGUACAAGAUGUUCGUAGGCGACCUUGACAAGGUUGUGAACCUCUUGCUUUCCCUCUCUGGACGUCUGGCCCGGGUAGAAAACGUCCUCAGCGGCCUGGGGGAAGAUGCUGAUAGUGAAGAGCGGAGCUCUCUAAAUGAGAAGAAAAAGGUGUUGGCUGGACAGCAUGAAGAUGCUCGAGAGCUCAAGGAGAACCUAGACCGGAGAGAGCGUGUGGUUUUGGACAUCUUGGCCAAUUACCUCACCGCUGAGCAACUCCAGGAUUACCAACAUUUUGUGAAGAUGAAAUCAACACUCCUCAUUGAGCAGCGAAAACUGGAUGACAAGAUCAAACUUGGGCAGGAGCAACUUAACUGCCUGCUGGAAAGUCUUCCCCGGGACUUCCUCACCAAGGCCAGGGCCCCAGCUGCCCCUUUGACUCCCGAAGCUGAGAUGACCCCUGAUGGGGACUAUACAUUCAGAAGUGGGUUUCCAGCAUUGAUCUCUUCCCUUUAGCCUAAAACUCUAAAAGACCUAACAAAGAACUCAGCUUUACUCUCAAGAUUAUUUAAUAUGAUCAGUUUUCAAAUUCCAGUUCAAUUAAAAAAUGAUGGGGUUUUGGCAUUUUUAAUGGGAGGAGGCAGUUAACAAUGAGGGGAAAAAUACAGUUCUGGAGUUUGGGGGUUUUUUUCCCUUCUCCCAGUUUCCCAAAAUGUAAUCCUUUCUAUUUUUCCAUGGUAGGAAGAAGGACUAUUGAAACUGGGGUUUGGUUAAAGGGUGGUUGAUUCUUUAGUUUUUAACCAGACUGAGUCAACAUAAAACAAGUAUGUUUUACCUUCAAGAAUAUGUACUGGUCCUCUGUCUCCUGGGUAAAGUGCCCUAUAUAUGAUAGAGUAGAGAUGUGCACUAAAGAAGGGUCUGUAAAAUAAAGUCUUUAAAAAAAAUAUGAAGAGAAAGGAGGGGGGAACCCUAAACAUUGUCACUAUUUAUAUUUUUUAAAUGAAUAAGGAUGUGUAAAUGUUUGUUUAUAUGCUAAUCAGUUACUUAACUCUACGGUGGACACUGGAAACCUAUUGUAAUGAUGUCUUUGGUGAAAAUCUUUAAUUAGACAAAGAAGCCCAAAAAUAAUUACACCAUGAGGAUUUGUGCUCCCCUUCCCCAUCUCUUUAUAUUGUCUGUCUGUCUGUCUCUUCCCCUACCCCUAUCUCUCUGCCUCUUUC